AUGGAGGGGCAUUUUGAGGGGUAUAUGGCGGGGCAUUUUGAGGUGUAUAUUGAGGUGUACAUUGAGGGUCAUUUUGAGGGGUAUAUGGAGGUGCAUUUUGAGGGGUAUAUGGAGGGGCAUUUUGAGAGGUAUAUGGAGGGGUAAAUGGAGGGGUAAAUGGAGGGGCAUUUUGAGGGGUUUAUGGAUGGGCUUUUUGAGGGGUAUAUGGAGGGGUAUAUGGAGGGGUUUUUUGAGGAGUAAAUGGAGGGGCAUUUUGAGGGGUAUAUGGAAGGGCAUUUUGAGAGGAUAUGGAGGGGCAUUUGAGGGGUAUAUGGAGGGGCAUUUUGAGGGGUAUAUGGAUGGGCAUUUUGAGGGGUAG